ACUUGUAUUUUCUUCAUUUCAUCGAUAACGGGGUUGGGGGUUAUCUUCUCUUCCACUCACAGUCUCACAGUCAUUCUCUCUCUCUCCUUCCAUGGCGUCCACGAGCACACCCCUCAGCACAUCAAAACUUCCAAUUUAUUCCAGAUUCAAUGACACCCUCAAAUUCUACCAUGCUUCUUCUUCCUCAAUCUCCUUCUGCAAGUUAAAUAGUCAGGCUAAUUCUAUUGGCCGUCCAUGUUUGGUGUGGACGAACAGUAACUCUGGGAAGAGCUCAAGAUCAGUACGUGUAUAUGGUUUAUUUGGAGGUAAAAAGGAUAGCGAAAAGGGCGAUGACUCUUCAUCAAAAGCUGGAAUACUUGGCAACAUGCAAAACCUGUACGAGACAGUCAAAAAGGCUCAAAUGGUUGUCCAAGUUGAAGCAGUUAAAGUGCAAAAAGAGUUAGCAGCAGCAGAAUUUGAUGGUUAUUGUGAAGAUGAACUCAUAAAGGUAACCCUUUCUGGUAAUCAACAACCUGUUCGGACUGAGAUUACUGAAGCUGCAAUGGAACUUGGAGCUGAAAAACUCUCGCUUUUAGUUACCGAGGCAUACAAAGAUGCACACCAGAAAAGCGUGCUGGCAAUGAAGGACAAAAUGAGCAAUCUUGCCCAAAGUUUAGGGAUGCCACCAGGCAUGAGCGACGGUCUGAAGUGAGGCUUCUAGCAUGGAUGCGCGAGGAUUGAUCACUGAAGUCAAUUUUGGUUGAUCCAACAGAGGACUCAAAUCUUUUGCAUUAGUUAUGUAACCUCCUUGUAUACAUUAGACAAUUAGCAAUGAGUUAUUCCAAUUUUGAAAGUUGUUCAAAGAAUCGAAUCUGGUGCAUAUGUGUAUGCAUUUGACCAUUUUCAGCUAUUAGCCUUAUUACUACUGGUCUUCAGAAUAUCUUAAUUCUCAAAGCAGUAACAUAGUUUGAGUUGUAAUUGGUAUGGAAUGUGUAGUGAAGCUAAUUAUGGGGGUGUUUGCUUCAAUAUUA